AUGGGAAUUUUCGCAAAGUCCUCAUAUGAAGGCAGCAACCCGAUCGCUGAUUAUUGCGCGGAGACGCACACACUUGGAGAGAACUUCAUUCACUUGAUCAAAGCCAAAAAGGUUCUUGACGUAGGAACAUCUACUGGCGGUUCUGCCUUAGCUUGGUCUUUAGCUAGUGGAGAAGGUGGAAAGGUCUACACUUUUGACAUCUCUCUCGACAAUUUUAAAAGAAUUGGCGUCCCCGUCAUCAAGAAGAAUGGAGAAGUUUUUAAAAGAAUCAUCCCUGUUGAAGGCCCUGCUGUUGACGGCUUGGGCAUGUACCGUUUAAUAGCUGAGGGACAAAGCAACUCCUUUGACUUCGCUUUUAUCGAUGCGGAUAAGGUUGAACAAUGUUUC